GAGAUCUAAUGGCCUGCAGCGACGCCGUCUGAUUCCUGCUCCUCUGCCAGACACCUCUUCUCUGGGCAGGAAGGUUGGUGCAGCAGGCCAGUGGGUCGAUCUGCCUCCAAUGGGGGGUGCUAUGAAGGAGCCCUUCGAGAUCAAAGUGUACGAAAUUGAUGAUGUGGAACGAUUUCAGAGACGCAAAGAAGGGUUGACAGAGGGUUUGCAGUAUUUUAACGCCCGCCUUAGGAUGCUGGAGAAGAGGCAGCAGCAGAUCAGGGAGCUAAGAGCCAAGCACGAGAAGCUGAAAAAGGAGCUAGAGGACGCCAAGACUCAUCUCAUGCUGGACCCCAGCAAAUGGAUGGGAGAAUUUGAUGUGGACCCUGAUCUGGACCAGGAGUCGCAGGACUACCUGGAGGCUCUGGCACAGGCCACAGGAGACCUGGAGUUUUGUGUCAACCUAUGCAAGUCUCGUGUGAUGAUGGAAACCUGCUUCGAUAUCGCUGUGCCCUCGAUUCCAGGACAGAGUGGACAACAGGAGAUGGAGGUCUAGGAGAGAACAAAACAGGAUGUUGUUUGGAAGCUAGCUGUGAGUUAUGGCAAGAUCUUUUUUUUUUUCCUGGGAUUGAGACUGUCCUUCAACAAGUGAAGAUAUUGAAUAAGCAUGGUUAGAAACUCCCUGAAAUGCUGAGAAACUGGAUAGGAUAAGAGUCCCUUUCCCGAGAUCUUUGUUAAACUUAACCAGGAAGUGCCUUAAACCAAAAUUAAAGUAAAAAAUAAAUAAAAUCCCAAGAACUAUCUUUGCUUUAUGAUUGGUGCUAGUAUUGAGACAUGCUUUCUCAAGUACACUUUGAAAAACAAAGUAUUUUGCAUUGCAAUGCAGCAUAUAGUGUAUUUAUAAGAGCUAAAGUGUGUAAAAUAUAGUUUUAAGUAUUAAACAAUACAAAAUAAUAAGAAAACUCCCCAU